UUAUAGGAAACAAUAGUUGCAAAACACUUACCAUCAGAUUAUCUGGCCUAUUGCAAUAUCAAAACACUUACGGCUUCAUAAUCUUGUCCGCCUAGCAUGUAUAUAAAUUGGCAGUUUGACAAACUAUUUACCAAAGCUUAUAUAAAUUCUACUACGUAAGCAAAAUGAAAACAACAAUUCUUGUUUGUACAGUCCUGUUGGGAUACGUGGUGCCGAGAUCAAGUUUCGCCUGGAACGCGCAAAAAUGAAGUCCGUUAUCUGUGCACUCGCAGCGUUCCUCACCUGCGUCAGCUGCGCCCCUGUUUACACUCCCGCAAUAAUAUCGGUACACUUGGGCUGUCAAAACAUCACGCAGUAUUUUGUACCGAACGAGGUAUUCCAGCAGUUGGAAUUCGAUAAAGUACCUCCAAAGCAAGUCGACAUUCCCGAUAACUUCGACGACCACAUGUACUGCAUGUACACCAAUCUGGGAUUCGAGUCAGAAAGUGGGGAGUUAGAUUUGAGCCACGCCGACGGUUUUGGAACAUUGUUCGCAAACCCGGAAGACUCUGUAGAAAUUGUAACCAACUGCGCCAGCAAAACCGAAGGCUUGACCGAUCCUAUCGAAAUCGCAGGAAGGUUCUACUUUUGUACACUCAACUUUUACGCUUAACUAUAUUUAAGUUAAUUAUUAAACAAGUAUCACCAGCUACUUUGUUUUAUUUGGUAUUGGGAUUUGUGGAGUUUAACAGGGCA